CGUUCUCUAGCCUGAUGCCUGUCGUCGAGUCGCUCUGCCGUCGCCUUCGCCAUCGCCCCGUCGUCAAACACGGCUUAUGAAUCUUUGUGGCAAGGUUCUCAUCCGUUUGUGGCGAGGUUCUCAUCCUUAUCUGACAGUGUUUUGUGGCAAGGUUCUCAUCCGUAUCUGAUAGUGUUUUGUGGCAAGGUUCUCAUCUGUAUCUGACAGUGUUUUGAACUGCAACAAUGACAAGAAGCUAUCAAAUGAGGAGAUGAGAUGAAGUUCCAGGAGAGAGGUCUUCCAGCCUGGUGAGGCAUUGCCUGGCUGGUUGGUCAGGCAUUGUGAUGGUGAGCAGGUUUCUGUCUUGAUAAGGUACAAAACCUCGCGUGCAGGGGCGCUAAGUAGUUAUCUGGCAGAAUAAUCUUAGAUUUCCAGCAUGGCCGCGGCAGCAGGGGGACUUGCAGUCUUUGGUACAAAAUCUGCAGUUGUGGUGCCAACAUCGACGGCGGAUCGGCCUUUGAAACUUCAGCAGCAAUGCCAGAGCCGGUUUUCUGAGUCGCAAAGGCAGACACUCGACUGUUCGGCCAGACUGCAGCUCAGUUUGCGAUCGACGAUUUGGGCUUGUAGGCGUCACCGCUGCCACUGCCGCGGCAACGGGCGUUGGCAGGUUCGACAGCUUAGCGUGGUGCAGGUUUGCCGAAAGGUGGACACUGCGGCGGCGGGCAAACCGCGCCUUAUUAAUUGCGCUCAGGCAGGAAAUGGCCAAGAUGAGCAGGAUCCACACAGUGGGGAAAGGCCUGAUGGACUGAAAGGUGGGGAUGGGUGGCAGGUGGUAGCAGGCAACCCUCAAAGUUCGAUAAAAGACUUCACAAGAUUUGUGGACAACGGGGAUGAAGGUGCAGCGCUACAGACUGCCAUCGUCCGUUACAGGAAGGAAAGGUCUUGGUGGGAACUGCUUGGAACGCCCUUGACCGUCGAUCUCGUUUCCGUUGUUCAUAUCGCCGACAAGCAGUACUUCAAGGGCCUGCAGGGCGCACUCGCUGACUACGACCGCGUGCUCUAUGAGAUGGUUGCUAAUGAGAAUGAUCUGAUGUAUAAGAGACCUCUUCGGGAUCGCGGAAGCGGUAAGAUGCUUGCCAAGUGGAACCCGAGGCAGAAAACAGAGGAGAUUCGGAUCGGAAGUCGUAAACUAAACAUUGUAAGUAUUAUCCAGAGAUUGAUGGCCCGAACGCUUAUCUUGGACUUCCAGCUGGAAAAUAUGGAUUACUCAAAAGAAAACUGGUUUCAUGCCGAUCUGACCUGGCAACGGUUCUGCAGGAUGCAGAAAGAGAGAGGGGAGAGUUUGUUCUCUUUUGCGCGCAAACUGACAGUCCGGUCAACUAUGGCCCUCUUGAGACUGGAUCCCUCAUCCUCUGGGGCAAGUGCAAGCCUGCCAAUGUGGCAGCAGUGGCUCUUCCGCUUCUCCCGCAUCGUCCCGAUGCCGUUGUUGGCCCUGCUGAUGAUCGAAGGCGUGUGUUGCCCAGCGGAGAGCCGACUAUACGAGUCGCCGGAAGUCAAGGCCUUGUUGGGUUUAGACCUUGCCACUGCCCUGAAGGUAUUCCUUGCAAAGCAGCUGACUAAUGACCUCUUCGACAAUGCAUCCGACGUGCUCAACGGUUCGGUGAUCAUCGGAGCAAGAAACGUUGCAGCUCUUGAACAGCUAGAUCUAGCAAUCACCGAUGGUUGUCGGAGUGUUGCGAUCUUUUAUGGCAGCGGCCACUUGCCGGACAUCGACAUGCGGUUAAGAACUGAGUAUGGACUAAAGCCAGUUGGGGUGACGUGGCGCACAGCCUGGGACAUCCCGGGCGCCGCGAAGAAGGUGAAUCCGAUCAAGUUCCUGACAUUUGCGUCCGACGAACUCGCCCAAGCAGUCGGAUGGCCUCUGAAUCGCUUUCAGACCUUCGGUCUGAUUCUUCUUUCCCUCACUCUCGCAUUGGAUCUAUGUUUCUGGGAGGCCAUUAUAAAGGGGAUGGACAAAGCCCUAGCCCACCUGCUUUUGACUCUGGCUGGAUGACAGACAGUCAGGCUGACUGAUUUAUAAAUCAUUUAAGGCUUAAACCACCAGUACCUUUCCCAUAUAUCGGCCGCGGGAAAAAACUACAGUAGAAGCGUUUCUAGUCGGAUGAAUUCGGGCUCUCCCGUAGUGGCGCGUUCGUUCAUCAUUGUCGCGGCUUGUUAACCGCCGCGUUUUUUGGGGCUACUGGUGGUUUAAGCACAUCUCAUCAGCAGGGCUACAGGAACGAGGAUGAGUGUUGCCGUAAAGACCAUGUCAAAGGAAUUGCUGCCGAGUAUCGUCACAGUGUGUGCAUGGCGUGAUUACCGCUAAAUACGGACUGCGGAAUGGAGCUUUCCGCAUAAGUCCUCAACAGAAGCAAGAGGAUAAGUGGGAUAUUGUGCCAGAGUAAAGCCGCAUAUUGCAGCGACUCAUAUGCAUGCAUGGUACUUGGUCACUUUUAGUGCCGAUAAAUGCUUACGGGAAUUGCUAGGUGGUCAAAGCCUUUUUUCGUACUCGGAAACUGUGCAGAACGAAAGGAGCAAAGUGCGGCUCCAAGAGGGGGUUAACCAGCGCUGAAAAGUGGGGGUCCCUGUUAACCGCUUAUGGAGCAAGGGUGCUGGCCUGGGGACAGGACACCAUUAAUUUUCUGGAUGAUGGUGAUGGUGGCUGUGAUCCCUAUCUAGAAAAGGUGGUUGGUCUCAGGCUUGAUUGACAUGCGUGAUACGCUUAUCUGACUUGGCAACGGAUGGAUAAGGGCCUGCUGAUGCUGAGGCUAUUUUGACAGAAUGUGGUCAUCAUUUCAGCUGUAUACAUAAGUCCAGGGAGCGCCUAGUGUGAAUACCGCCGAAUUGUCGUCAAAGACCCUGGAUGGAUAAGGCCUGCUGCUGAUGCUGAGGCUAUUUUGACAGAAUGUGGCUGUCAUUUCAGCUGUAUACAUACAUCCAGGGUUCUCGCACUUGAUCGACGAGUUUAGCUCUUGCACGACGUAUGUAUGUUCUUGGGACUCUUCGGACUCUGCAGAGGUCAAGCAAGAGGGUCCUAAAAGGCCCCUCCUUUGUGCCCUUUUCUUCACAGAGUAGGUGAUAGCUAGGGGUAGGAAGAAGAGGAUGACUCUGGUGGAGAUGGCCGACCGCAAGUGCGCGAAGUCGUGCCGGUUGUCCUUGUGGGCGAAUCUGGAGAUUGGCACUGUAUUAUGUGCUCUGAGGCUAUCGCUAUUGCGCAAAACGAAGUGCAAUAGUCACUUGGUCGACAACCUUGCCUGAACGGUUAAAUUGCAAAUUUAUGAUGGCGAGGACCUCUUAUCGGAGGAGAAUGAUGAUGAGGGUCUCUGGUUCCCCAUGCAUCAGGCUGCGGAAACAGUUGCUACUAAAAUACUGUUUGUGGAUGAUUCGCUGUGGGCAUUUCUGCGGCUGUUGGAUGCACUGCACCAUUAUAGUGGAUCUUGUGGGUUAAGGUGGGUGAAGGACGAAUGGCUGAGCUCUGAGCUGUAGUCCCUGUAGAGUAUAGUUCACCAUAGCCACUCACUCAAGUUUUUUUGCUAUGCUGUAUUUACUAUUGACUAUUUAGUGACUUGCUGAUGAAAGUAGCUUGUAGAGCGAUGGAACUGGUAGCUGGUAGGCCAGUGAUAGGUAAGAGUAAUUGGACUCUAGAGUGGUAGAGGAGCGAUUGAAGUGUGAGCUAAUCUGACUCUAUGUGAGCUUAAGCCGUAGGAUGAUUUAUACCGAGGCUCCCGAUGUAAAGCGGCAGCCGGUCAGUUGCGAGUCCCCGUUGGACUGGAGAGUUGAGUAUAUUGCGGUCGACAUUCAGUCAGUCCGAAGUCGAUGUUCGAGUCUCAAGUUCAGUAUAUAUUGCUAAUCUGACUGCGGAGGGAAUAGACUAAAAGAUUGGUUGUUGUGUUUUGGAUUUAGAAAUGUUAGGCAUUCUGACUCUAGAGUCAACGAUAGAAAAACUUAUCAGACUGAAGAAGGAUCGGGCUAUAGAUUGAAUUACUGCACGCU